GGGAAGCCCUAUAUUCUUGGCCCGCCGUCGCGAUCGUUGCCGCCGCGCCUCGUUUCGGUCGCUUCAUGUGAGGAAAAGCGGCGCCUGGAAGCUCGCGCGGAUGGCGGAGGGGGCGCAAGGGCCGGCCGGGCCCGUUGGCGAGGACGAGGCGGAGGUGGAGGCGGCGGCGGCGCUCGCGGCUCCCUCCCUGGGCGGCGCCGGGACGCCCCCCGCGACCUCGACGCCUCGGCGGCGGCUGAGCGACCUGCGGGUGAUCGACCUGCGGGCCGAGCUGAAGCGCCGCAACCUGGACAGCGGCGGCAACAAGAGCGUCCUCCUCGAGCGGCUGCGCAGCGCCAUCGAAGAAGAAGGGGGGAACCCUGAUGAAAUUCCCAUGGCCUCAGAGAUCGCAAGCAAGAGAACCCCCAAAAGAUCUAUGAAACAAGGACGCAAAUCAGAAGAAGAAGGGGGCGAGGACAAUGGAUUGGAAGAGAAUUCAAGAGAUGGACAGGAAGACACUGAAGCAAGCUCAGAUAACUUGCAGGAUAUUGACGCGAUGGACAUCAGCGUGUUGGAUGAAGCUGAAAUAGACAACAGCAGCGCCGUGGACUGUGGAGACGACUACCGCUCGGACAACGUGCUUGACUCUGACAAAGACAACAUUGACGUGGAAAUGAAAGAACUUCCAGAGCAGCUAAUGGAAAGCGAGGAGAAUGGUGAAGAACUGGAUGACCAGCUAGAUGCCGCUUCACCUGACUUGGCUGAAGUGAAGGACUUGGAAGAGCAACAUUCAGAACCAGAAAAUGAGAAAAUGCUCGACAUUUUGGGUGACACUUGUAAAUCUGAGCCCCUUAAAGAAGAUGCGUCUGAAUCGGAGCAGGCGCAGGAAGCGAAUGAUCCGUUCCUGGGCAAAAAGGAAGACGAGGAAGAUGCAUUUGCUGCCACCGCCCAGUCGGACGAAGACCUUGUAGAUACGGACAGCCAGUCAGGCCAGGCCGCGGCCAAGAACAAGGAGGAAGAAGAGAAGCUCUUAGUGGUAGCGAGAGGGGAGCCAAGCGAGCAGACAGUUGAGGAAGCCAGACCGGACUCGGACUCUUUAGCGGUAGAGAGCAGGAGUGGAGGUGGAGGUGAGAGUAGCAGAGGAGCCCAGACUCCGGAAGCCUGUAGUGAGGAAACCGCGGAGUCGGACACAGGUCCCCCAGGGGUUAGCCCCCGGGAGGCCGAGAAGAUGGAAGUGAAGGCUAAUUGUGAGGAGGAGGAGGAGGAGGAGGAGUCCUCUGCCACUAGAGAGUCCUCUGCCCAAGAGGGUGGUGAUCAGAACACGAGUUCUGAGGAGUCCAAAGACCCCAAACAGUCUUCGAAAGAGGAAAAAGUUUUAUGCUUUCAACUAGGUCACAGCGGCACUAGCACUGGCCGGAACUUCUGGGUCAGCGGUCUUGCUUCCAGCACCCGAGCAACCGACUUGAAGAAUCUCUUCAGCAAAUAUGGGAAAGUGGUUGGUGCCAAAGUGGUGACCAACGCCCGCAGCCCGGGUGCUCGAUGUUACGGUUUUGUGACAAUGUCCACGGCUGAAGAAACCACCAAAUGCAUCGCCCAUUGCCACAAAACGGAGCUACACGGCAAAAUAAUAUCGGUCGAAAGAGCCAAGAAUGAACCUGCCACAAAGAAGCUUCUGGAUAAAAAGGACAGUGAGGUGAAGAGCGAAAUGUCCUCUGGCGAUAGGGGUGCCAGCGUGAAAAAGAACGAAAAGGCCGAUCCAAAAGAAGAUGGUAACAAACCAGAUGAAAAGGAUGAAAAGGGGAAAGAGGAGCAGAAAUCUGGAUCUGCUGAUCAGUCUAAGACUCCAAAAUCAGGGAGCAAAGGAACAGAAAGAACUGUGAUAAUGGAUAAAUCCAAGGGUGAACCAGUUAUUAGUGUGAAGACCACGUCUAGAUCAAAAGAGAGAAGCGUGAAGAGUCAGGACCGCAAGUCAGAGAGCAGAGAGAAGAGCCGAGAGCGACAAGGGGCCGCGCCGUUCAACAAAGUCAGAGACAGGCGGCUGAAUGAAGAACAUCGCACCCGCGAUCGCCGAGAAAGGCAGCGCCUGCAGGCCAUCUGGGAGCAGGAGGAGAGGGAGAAGCUGGAGAUCACCCGGGAGAAGCUGGAGUUCGAGCGGGCGCGCCUGGAGCGGGAGCGGAUGGAGCGGGAGCGGCUGGAGCGGGAGCGGAUGUAUAUCGAGCACGAGCGGCGGCGGGAGCAGGAGCGCAUCCAGCGGGAGCGGGAGGAGCUGCGGCGGCAACACGAGCAGCUGCGCUACGACCAGGAGCGGCGUGUGGCGCUGCGCAGGCCGUACGACAUCGACGGCCGGAGGGACGAGCCGUACUGGCCAGAAGCCAAGCGGAUGGCCAUGGACGACCGCCACCGCUCGGAUUUCAGCCGCCAGGACCGCUUCCAUGACCUCAAUCACAGGGACCGUGGGCGGUACCAGGACCAUCCCCUGGACAGGAGAGAAGGGUCACGAGGGAUGAUGGGAGACAGAGACAGACAGCACUAUGCAGAGGAUCGCCACAGGGAUCCAGAUCGCCACUCCAGAGACGGCUGGGGCAGCUAUGGCUCGGACAGGCGCAUGAGCGAGGGGCGGAGAAUACCUCCACCGUCCCGAGAUGGACGUUACUGGGGGGAUCAUGUUAGAAAAUUCGAAGGCCACCCAGACCGCUCCUGGCCAGGCAACGUUGAUGGGGGGGCAGCAGGUCGCGAUCAUGACCGAUGGCGAGGUGGGGGCAGAGGAAGGCGCGGCCACGUAAUGCAGCGAGGGGGAAUGUCUGGGUAAGAAGCCUUCAGCCUUCUGAAUUCAGAACAAGGAGGUUUCAUCCCAGGCAGCCCGCAGGAACAGACUGCCCAGGGAGAGGGCUUUUCAGGACAAGACAGGGGAAACCGACCCAGCGACCCUCGGUUCAGCCGUCACUAUUGAAUGUUUUUAUUGUUUUUAACUGUACAAAUGGCAACAAAGAUGAGGGACAAAGAAACUCUACACUACUACCCGGUGUACCACUGACUGUGACUUUUAAGUUAACCUUCAUUGUUUCACUUCCUAGCUCAGUAUGUGAAGCCAUUCGUUUUUUUGUAACGUGUUUCUGUAAGUGCUGCCGCACAUGCUCAUCCUUCAAAAGAAAAUGUGUUUCUUUUACGAGGCAUUCCAUUUUCUAUAAAUAAAAGUACAAUUUACAAUUACCUUGA